UGAAACCUUAUCGUGUCGCCCACUCGAAGAUGAGGCCACUGCCAUAAAUCUCGCCCUGGUGAUCCCAGUUCCCCCAGAAAAGCAACCCCAGUCGCAGCGCGAUCGCCGUCGAGUGCAGACAUGUCGGUGUCCUGGUCGAAGACUUUCGUGGCGUUCACCGUCGCCUGGCUGAGCACCCUGUGCCUGCUGCCCGUGGAGACCUUCUGCGACACCUCCUACUACGAGAAGUACUACGCGGCUCGGCGCUAUGUUCCCCUCAAGCGCAACGCCCCGCUGCUCUUCAACUUCACCCUAAGGCUGCCGGAUUCCGAUCAACUGGCGGCGUUCGAGCGACCCGCCCUGGUGGGCAACCUGCCCGUUUUGGGCGCCUGGCAGGCGAAACAGGCGCUGCUCCUCAAUCGCACCGCCGUGCACAAUGUGUGGACUGCCUCGGUGGAAAUACCCCAGAACAGCAGCGUGGAGUAUCGCUACUUCGCGGCCGCCGUUGGCCAGAGUGGAGCCGUUCAGAUCCGCCGCUGGGAGUCGCACGUCCAGGCCAGGACCUUCAACACCACCAAGUUCAGUGGCAACCGAAGCGAUGAGUUCGGACUUAUAGCAGCACAACGCCAACUGUCGCGUGGCUGGCUGCAGGACUCUGGCAGCAUCCUGCAGCUGAAGGUGUUCCGCGAGGCUCUCAGCCUGGAGGAGCAGCCAGAACUGGGACAGGGAAAGCUGCGCCUGCGACUGCAGCCCGUGGAUCCGAAGAGCCUGGCGCCCAUCCUCAGUUCGGCUCGCGCCAGUGUGGAGUAUGUGCGAAUGGCGUACGCGGACAGCACACUCCGGGUCCAGCCGGAGUACGGAGUGCCCUACGCCUCCGGCGAUAUCCUCAUGUUCCACGUGAGCCUGGAGCAGCUGGAGCGGGUGGCCUUCCUGGUGGAAGUGUACGCCGAACAGCCGGACGCGAGCCUGGUCCGACUGCUGGGUUAUUCGCACCUGCAGCACACCUCGUUCCCCGGCACCGAGGGCAGUGUCUCCAUCGACCUCAUCUCGCCACUCUGGCAGCGCCUGGUGGGCGAACUGCGGCUGGAGUACCUGGUCAUCCGACCCAUGGAGAAGGAUGGCUUCGACCUGCGCACCAGCUUUGCCAACUACUGGCGCUCCAACUGGACGGCGCUGGAGAUUGGCCACCGCGGACUGGGCAAGUCGCUCACGGUCACCUCGAAUGCGGCUCCUCUCAUCGAGAACACGGUGGCCUCCAUGCUGGCCUCCGCCGAGAUGGGAGCCGAUCUCGUGGAGUUCGACGUGCAGCUGACCAGCGAUCUGGUGCCCAUCAUCCACCACGACUUCUCCAUUCGCGUCUGCAUCGACUCCAAGACACCAACCAGUCGCGACGACCUGACCGAGGUGCUGCUGAAGGACAUAUCCUACGAGCAGCUGAAGGACCUGAAGACCUACCAGAUCGUGGGCAACAAGAUCGUCGAGUAUCCGGCGCACAACAACGUGGAGCCGCCGGAGCAGCGGCUCUUUCCCACUCUGCAGGACUUCUUUGAGCAGGUGAACCAGAGCACAGGAUUCGACAUCGAGAUCAAGUGGCCGCAGCAGAAGGCGGACGGGCAGUUCGAGAGCGAGCAGACGCUGGACAAGAACCUGUUCGCGGACCGCAUCCUGGCGGUGGUGCGGCGACACGGCUGCGGGCGGCUUAAUGUGAUCAAGAGCUUCGACGCGGAUCUGUGCUCUCUGCUGCGCUUCAAGCAGCACAUGUACCCGGUGCUCUUCCUGUCCAGCAGCAAGGAGAACGCUUUCACCGAUCCGCGAACCAGCACCGUUGAGCAGAGCGUCAACUUCGCACAGGCCUUUGAUCUGGGCGGCAUUUCGCCCAACGCCGUGUUCGUCAAGGCGGAUCCUUCUGUUGUCCAACGUGCCCGCGCACAGGUCCCCAUCGUCCUGCUCUGGGGAUCGGACCUCAAGGACCGCGACUCCAUCAACUGGUUCCUGCAGCAGGGACCCACGGGCGUGAUCUACGAUAGGCUGGACCUCUGGCUGGGCGCCAACAGGACGAGUGCCUUCGAGGCGGAGCAGGAUCUGCCCGGCUACUUCCAGCUCCAGUGCGAUCCGGCGCCCAAAGUGCGCGAGCUCAACUCCACCAUUGAAAGCAUCCUGAGUAACGUUAACUUCCUGUAGUCCCCGAUUUUUGUAGUGCCCCAAACGAUAUAUAUUUUAAGCCAUAAACGAACUAAACGAACUCGGGAAUUCUCUUUAUUAAAAAGUAGUAACAAUAAUAUUGUUUUAAAG